CCUGGUCCGACAACCAGCAUUAUAACACACCAUGGCACAUUGCUGAGCGCAGCGAUCGACGGAUUAUCAUGGCGGGACCACCUGCCUUAUUCUUAUAUGCUGAGCUCUUACCGAACAUUCGCCAACUAACCCUCCACGUGUCUCUCCCAAGCUCACCCUCCGGUAUCGAUAUUAGGGAAUCUACAAUAACGCUGUCUGAAUCCUGCCGUGCAGUUACAGUUUUCACGCUUCAUCAAGGUGUGGAACUGGUAGAAACGCUGAAACUACCUGCCAGAGUCACCGACGCCUCAAGAAGGAAUCUCAGCUUUGCAGGACAUCGCGUCGAUAUAGGAGCAACCGAGUCGAAGGCGCAAAUAGUCGAAUAUUCAUUUCGAUUACAAGUUGAUCCGAACGAGAAUGGACUAGCGUUGCGAAACCAAGAUAUUCAGGAAGACGAUUAUGUUCCGUGGACCGCGAACGACUUGUCCACCUGCAUCUCGUUACAUUGUAGGCUCUGCAGGCAGAUGAUACUCGAUACUUCCUCAAAGCCCGAUUUAAAUACCUGGCAGUGGAAAGACCUUCCAAGCGGUAACUGGGCUGAGAUGAUGGAUUUUUGGCACUGUCAUAAACCCGAUGUGCAUCCCGAUGAAAAACAGGGCCAAAAGAAUAUUGAAGAACAAAAUGCUUCCGUCAAGGGAUAUGGAGCUUCUAAUCGGGUAGUUGCAACACCGCGGACUGGUCUUGUUGAUGUUGCCUCUUUCCUGGUGGCAGAAAGUGACUGUUAUAAUAUUAAAGUGCUCCAACCACGGCCAAUCUCAGCUUCCGCAAAAUCAACGUUACACGGCGGAAAGGACGCAAGGAAUAUAAGAUGCUCCGGAUGCAGUGCAAUCAUCGGAACGGAAGACUCCGUCGCAGAAGGUCUGAGACUAUACAAGAACAACAUCUCCGUCGGACGUAGAGAUGCAACCGAACAUGCAUACGAAACAUAUUCAGUCGAUAUCAUCACAAGUGCCCAACUCUUGGAUCUGAUUGACCAUGAAGGUGUUCGACGAUUUGUCAUUCAUGCUGGUCAGUCAGACGGUAUUCUGUUAUGGGCCUUUAACCCAGAUCUUCGAUACUCAAGCUCUAGCGCAGAUCAUAGCAUUAUAUCAAGGCGAGCCAUGAAAGUCCUAUAUCAGAACGUGACAGACGUCGAAGGUAUACUAGAACCUGAAAAUGGAGCACCAACGUCCCUCUCUCUGGAAGAAUUAUUCCUGCCCGAAAAUAUAUAUAACGAAUUGGUUCUGUCACUGCAACGCACUAACCUGCUGAUACCCGUAUCUGCAAGGAUAUUUCAAACGUACGUGACGAUCAUGAUCUCUGAUAACAGCUUAAGAAGAAGUACGCUUGAUCAAUGGCCGAGCCGUAUGGCCGUUCAGGUGUUACAGUGUUACAAGGGAGUACACAAUGGACGUGGCGUACUACCUUAUACCACUUUUUCCUUCGCAGAAAUCUAUAUCAUGGCUUCAAAGUGCAUCCACCCCCUAAUUCAAGAGCGUCCGGAUCUGGCCCGCGAAACCCAAGAAUGCGAUCCAGAAUGCACAGUCGAACAAUAUUCAUCAACUUACGAGGGCAGUUAUCGAAAAUGGGCGAGCAAGCAACAGUUCAUGUCACUUGUAAGAUCCCUCAAUGCUCUCGAUGUACCAAGCGCACAACACAUUGAAGACAUUCACGAUAUCUCAGCAGAUGAUAUGAAGCCAAUAUUCAACUUGGACCAGAUGAAAAAAACAACAUCUGAAGUUCCCGAGCUCCUCAUUUCCAAUUCUUUAUCUCCAUCAGACAAUCAUUUGGAAUGUACGUGGGGAAACGCAGACGAUAUUCCGACACGAGUACCAAGUGCAGCGUUAGAAGAGUUUCCGCCUCUUGUCAGGUGUCGCAAUGACUCUGCAAUGGGAUACCUAGAUGACUUCACGAAUGACAUGGAUUAUGAGGAUAGCGACUCUGUGUCAUCGGAUUGGUCUUUCUACUCGCAUCUGAACGUGGACGAAGAUGGUCUGGGUCGUGCUAUGGAAGGAGAUCCGGAAGACUCAAGCACGUCUUCAUGCAAGGAGCAGAGCUGUCGGAGUACUGAAAGUAAGGACAAUAAAAGUUGGGCUUUUAUUUUACCGGCGAGCAGUCCGAUGCAAAUACAACGGCCCUGCAGGAGUACUUUACAUGCAGACGAGGUUUCGUCGAAAUGCUUGGAUUGA